UCCACUUCCAAGUCAAGCCAUAAAGUCCUCCAAAUCCUCCAUUUCUAGAGAUAAUCUGAGCAUAUAAAUUGUAACCAAAGUAGUCAUUGAAAUUAAUCACAUCGACCAAUCCUUGCAAUAGAACAAACAAAGUCAAGAUAUGGAUAAAUUCUUUCUUGUUUUUUUCCUUGGUUUGCUAAUAGCGGCUCAUGGAGCUGCAGGAAACGUUUCAUGUGACCAAAUAGGCAUGCUAGGAGAACUUGAAAGUCUGGACAUAGAAGAAGAAGAAGAAAAUGAGGUAGAGAUUUCAGAGAUCCCUUCAUGGAAUAGUGAACGUGGUGCCAAAGUUCUUGUGAAUGUCGAUAGCUUUGGCGCCGUUGGAAAUGGAGAAUCUGAUGAUACCCAGGCUUUCAGAAAAGCGUGGGAUAUUGCUUGCUCUACUCCAAAAUCUGUUUUCUUAGUUCCUCAAGGACGCCGUUACCUAGUUAAUGCAACCAGAUUCACAGGACCUUGUGCAGACAGGCUGAUUAUUCAGAUUGAUGGAACAAUUGUAGCACCAGAUGAGCCAAAGAACUGGGAUCCAAAUUUUCCACGGACUUGGCUUGUUUUCUCAAAGUUAGAUAAAGCUAUUUUCCAAGGACAUGGGGUUAUUGAUGGCUCAGGAAGUAAAUGGUGGGCAGCAUCUUGCAAGAAAAACAAGACAAAUCCCUGCAAAGCUGCCCCAACAGCAUUUACCAUUGAUUCAAGCUCAGCUAUAAGGGUGAGAGGACUAACUUUCCAGAAUAGCCAGCAAAUGAAUUUUGUGAUAUCCCGAUGUGAUGCGGUUCGAAUUAAUGGUGUAAAAGUGUCGGCACCAGGGGACAGCCCAAACACUGAUGGAAUUCACAUAAGUGAAUCAACAAAUGUUGUACUCCAAAACAGCAGAAUUGGAACAGGUGAUGAUUGUGUGUCAAUUGUCAAUGCAAGCUCUAAUAUUAAAAUGAAGAGGAUUUAUUGUGGACCAGGACAUGGGAUUAGCAUUGGAAGCCUUGGGAAGGACAACUCCACUGGCGUAGUCACUAAGGUGAUUUUGGAUACUGCAGUUCUUAAGGAGACUACAAAUGGUGUCAGGAUUAAAACUUGGCAGGGAGGUUCUGGGUAUGUUCGUGGGGUCCGAUUUCAGAAUGUGAGGAUGGAAGACGUAUCAAACCCCAUAAUCAUAGAUCAGUUCUACUGCGACUCCCCCACGACUUGUCAAACCCAGGAAUCAGCUGUGAAGAUAAGCGAGAUCGUAUAUCAGAACAUCAGUGGGACAACGAAGAGCGCAAAAGCCAUUACAUUUGACUGCAGUGACACAGUUCCAUGCAGCAGCCUAGUGCUUAGCAACAUUGACUUGGAGAAAGAGGAUGGCUCAGUGGAGACAUACUGUCAUUCAGCUCAAGGCUUUGGAUGUGGGGUGGUUCAUCCUUCUGCAGAUUGCCUGAAUUCCGAUGACAAUAUUGCAGAACCAGUUAAAGAUGAUACUCGUCACAUGGAACUAUAAAUUUGGUUCUAUAUGCAUACAUUAUAAUAAUCCUUUGUGAAGUAACAAGAAGGAUUUGAUGGUGGAAGUUUGAAAUGAGAGAUAGCAGAAGGGAUAUAUGGUUUGCCAUUUAUUUAGUUAAUUAAGAGUAGAAAAUAUUCUCCAAUUUGCCCCAGAAAAGGAGAGAGCAUUGGUUGAGAACAAGAUUGAAGAAGGAGAACAAGAUAUAUGUGCCAUUCUAUGAUAUUGUUUGAGAUGUAUUUAAAUCUUAGCAAGUUAGCAUUACAAUUGCUUGGUGUUUUUAUUGAUUUUUUAUCCACUCAUCUAUGAGAUUUUUAUUUGCUUAAUAUUAAAAUAUUAAAAUCAAGAUCAUGUUAUACCAAA